GCUGAGAAGCUAGGUAAACAAACUGGGGGAGGAGUGAAAAUAGGCAGCAGGGACUUUGCAGGCUGUGGGCUUUCGGGGAAUCUUUUAUAUAGUUUAUAUUCAUUUUUUUACGAUUUGUAGUUGUCUGUUUCCUACACACUUUUAAUACUUUGAUACUCCGACCUCGAGACUUUUUAACAGCUGAAAUACGACUGACUUUGUUGCAACGAAGCUAGUUAGCUUGUUACCGUCGGCAACAAAUAACGUAAACGUCAGUUAGCUGCCUUCGCAAGGUUUGAUUUGAAGAACCAGCAAAUACAAAAACGAACAAAUUGUUCUUGUGUUUUAGAUCAUAUAUAGCAAUAUUUAUUGAGAAACAAUAUAGUUGUCAACCUGUCGUCCGUUAAAAAACAAUUCUGCCCCAGUCGCUAACAGUAUCAUACCAACACGUAUCGUUAGCCUCAGCAGAAUGACGGCAGUGCAGCUGAUUAAUAUCCAGAGGUUAUUGGAAGCUGCGGAAUAUCUAGAAAGAAGAGAACGAGAAUGUGAACACGGAUAUGCCUCGACGUUUCCAUCUAUUCAGAACACAAAUUACCAGAGACAACGGAAGUUUCGAAACAAAAAGUACAACAACAACCACAACAGGUCCACACACAACGAGCUGGAGAAGAACCGGCGAGCCCACCUCCGACUGUGUCUGGAGCGAUUGAAGGCCCUCAUCCCGCUGGGACCAGACUGCAACCGUCACACCACCCUGGGCUUGCUCAACAAAGCCAAAGGACAUAUUAAGAAACUUGAAGAGGCGGACCGGCGGAGUCAGCACCAGCUGGAGUGUCUGGAGCGCGAGCAGCGGCACCUCCAGAGGCAGCUGGACCUGCUGCAGGGCGGCGGCGGCGUGCUGGUCUCGUCCCCCUCGCCCGCCUCCUCGCCCUGCUCGGGCGGCGCCGACGGAGAGCGGAUACGCAUGGACAGCGUGGGCUCCACCCUGUGCUCCGACCACUCCGACUCAGACCAAGAAGAGAUUGAGGUGGAUGUGGAGGGCACGGAGUUCUCCCAUGGCGAGCUGGACAGUGCCAGCACAGCCAGCACCAGUGACCUGGACGACCACAGCAGCCUGCAGAGCGUGGCCAGUGACGAGGGCUACUCCAGCUGCAGCGUCAAACUGGUCUCCUAGAGACUCCCCAACUACCCCCUCCACACACACACACACACACACACACACACACACACACAAAUCCACCACCAACCAACCAACCAGCCGGCCCUCAACACCCACCACUACUCUCCUCCGACUCCGCGUCCUGCUUCUCCUCGUCCCCUCCACAGCUGCCCUCGGCCCUCCCUCGUACCCCUCCAGCCCCCGGCCCCCAACUCCAGACCCAGCCUACAGACCGAACUCUGGCUCCAUCUCUGCGGAAACGACCCGCCACAACACCACCACCGCCACCCCUACUGCAGCAGGAUGGUCUCCGCAGCCUCCCUCCUCCACCCUACUGGAACAAUCAUCUCUGGGCAGACCGGUGACGAGUGUGUGUUUUGCGGCUGCACGAGAACCUGUGCUCAAGGGUGUGUGUGUGUGUGUGUGUGUCGCAUGAGGAGCGUUGCGAAAAGCACUCAAAAAUGGGGGGAUUUGUAACGAUGUCGUGUUGCAUUUUUUGUGUUGCGUAGGGCCUUCGAUGUACGCCUCUUAAGCUUCAGAAACACACCGGCGGCCACCAAAGCACUCCCUGCUGUGUGUAACGAGCAAGGAAGGGGGUUUGGGGUAGAUUCAUGAACAAAGGCUUUUGAGGUGUCCACACACUUAAAAAAAGAGCCCACCUCAUCACCUCGCUAGGUUUGGUUUGAGUCUGCAGUGGGCAUAUAGGAAUUUUUUUACUUGUGUGGUUUUGAAACGGAGAGUACCAGACGUCCCAUCGAAUUCAAGAUUCACGUCCGUACUGAAAGUAAAGACCAAAAAAAAAGAAAAAAAUCCAAGCACUUAAAAUCGAAACAUGUUACUCUUAGGGGUUUUUUUUUUUUCGUUUCGAGCUCAGUCUUAUCGUUAGUCAUCGUGUGAAUCCUGAACUGACAACCUUUCGUCGACGUCGGCCCUGUUUUUCAUCUGCCGACAAGACCACGAACAAGUAGAAUUUUUCGGAAUGCGUUGUAGUGAGUACGUGUGUUUGGUUUUGUGGGGGAGCGGGGAAAACAUAAUUUGCCAACAUAUCAACACUUGUUUGGGGCCCGCUUCUCUUGCUUCCGCGUUUAUUGUUCGGAUGGUGAUAUAUUUUUUUGGUUCCUUUUUUUUGCUGUCGUUUUUUUUUUCCAUCUUUUUUGAAUUUGUACCAGCCAGUCGCUGGCACAAACGUUGUCAUUGGUGCUAUGUGAACA